AUGGACACGCUCGCGGCCUCACCGAGGCGCCACAAUGCAUGCGUUACAUCCGCGAAGAGUGUCCUAUCUCAAAGACGGGCGUAUGCGACUGGUUCUGAGGCCCCUACUGAAGUGGAGAAGAUACUGCUGGAUACCAUCAAGGCAACAGGGCCAAUAUCCUUUGCAACGUACAUGCAAAUGUGUCUCGCCCAUCCCACCGCGGGAUAUUACAUGAAGACGGCGAAGCCCGUCAUAGGCUCCGGCGGUGACUUCAUCACAAGCCCGGAGAUCAGCCAAGUCUUUGGCGAGCUCCUAGGCAUAUGGCUACUCUCCCAGUGGAUGUAUGCCGGCGGCGGUCGCGAAAUCCGUCUCCUCGAGCUUGGGCCAGGCCGCGGUACGCUUAUGCACGAUGUGCUGAGGGUGUUCUCACAAUUCCCUGCAGCAAGGUCAGCCACCAAGGAGAUCCACCUCGUGGAAACCAGCCAGACCAUGCGCUCCGCUCAGGAUGCAAAACUUAGCUUCCUUGCCAAAACACACGGAUGGCAGCUGCACUGGCACGACGCUGUGGACCAGGUUCCGCAUGACAGCAGCAAAUUCACACUGGUCCUCGCGCACGAGUUCUUCGACGCGCUCCCGUUCCAUCUCCUCCAAAAAACACAUCAUGGAUGGCAAGAAGUGCUCAUUGCCUCAGGACCGGAUGCCGCCGCGAAGACCAUUUUGAGACCGGGUCACAAUUCCCCAUUGGACUUCGGGACAAAAGCGCCUCCUCUGAUCGCUGGAGCCCGGUUCCGACAAGUCUUGUCGCCGUCUCCCACGCCAUCCUCGACUCUUCUGGGCUUGUCGUCCGCACGCUUCCAGAAGCUCCCGGUGGGCUCCCGUAUCGAAGUGUCACCGGCGUCGUUCAAGAUCGCCCGUCAAGUCGGCGAGCUGCUCCGUGAUGGAGAGUCGGAGGAGACGCGAUCGGCGGGCAGCGCGCUCAUCAUCGAUUACGGUGGGGAAAAGGUUUACGGGAACUCCUUCCGCGCCUUCAAAGACCACAAGAUUGUAGAUGCUUUCCACCGCCCCGGAGAGUGUGAUCUCACCGUCAACGUCGACUUUGCGUAUUUGAAAGAUGCGACCGCGGACUUGGUCACUCACCACGGACCCCUCUCCCAAUCGAUGUUUCUGCACCGCAUGGGGCUGCAGGCGCGUCUUGACGCACUUACGACCUCCGCCAAGACCGACGAGCGGAAGAAACAGAUCGAGCAGGCGGCGAAGAGGUUGGUAGACCCGACCGGCAUGGGCACGCAGUAUCAGAUCAUGGGCAUGACUGGCAAGAGGAAGGGCGUGCUGGCAGACGAGGAGCGCUGGCCCUUCGUGGAUCCCGAAGCGGAGCAGGACAGGGCACAGGCUGGGGUCGAGAAGCCAAGUGCCAGCCAAUCGUGA